AUGCGCGAGCGCCAGAAGCCCACACUGUUGAAAUCCCUCACUGGAAAGAACAUCUGCGAAAUUGCGGUCGGUGCAAUGCAUGUCCUGUGCCUUUCCACCGGUGGGGCCGUCUACAGUUGGGGCUGCAAUGAUGAUGGGGCCCUUGGCAGGGCUGCCUCCGAUGGCUCAGAUGGUGGUCCGUCCGAUGUGGAGCCGCAUGUGGUGACGAUGCCCAGUGGAGUUGUGGUGCGCCACGUGUCGUGUGGAGAUGGCCACAGCUGCGCUCUAGAUGAGAACCGCCGAGUUUGGCUGUGGGGAACCUACAAAGACUCCAACGGCUACAUCGGCAUCGUGCACAAGCGCAAGCAGGAAACGGAGGUCUUAGAGAAGAGCGCGGAGCCCACGCUGGUCCUCGAGGGAUGCUUGCAGAUCGCGAGUGGUGCCAACCACACUGUGGCCCUUGUGGCCUCCGACAGCCGCAGGCAAGUUUUUGCUUGGGGCUCCAAUGCCACUGGACAGCUGGGAAUGCAAGACGGCUGUGGCUUCUCCGAGCGCGUUCUGCCGUGCUCCGGCAGCGUACCGGGCCUUGCGCCGCGCGAUGGAGGCGGCUCCGAAGUCGGAGGCGAGCAGGUCGUGCGGAUUCAUCAGGCCGAUGGCUCUGUGCGUGCUGCAGUUUCCAUGACUGCUGAGCAGGUCCAGCAAUACCUUGCGCAAGGUGCAACUGCCCUGGUUCUUCAGGUUCCGGAUCGGGAGGUUUCCAAGGCAGAGAAGAAGAAGCUCUUGCACCCACAGGAUAUGCCUCUGUCUGUUGGCACCACAAGCAGCGAGCCGCGCGUGGCAUCCGGUGUGCAUGCCAGUGCCGAGUGCAGCUUCGUGACAUUCCAGGAUGGUGCAGUCUUUGGCUGCGGCUUGAAUGGUGAUGGUCAGGUCGGACUUGGCUUUGUGAGCAUGGCUGUGCGGCAGCUGGAAGACGUGUCUGCAGUUCGAGGGGCUUCCUGGCUUGGUGGUGGCUUGUACAGCACGGCAGCCCUGGUGGAUGGUCGCGUGUUCACCUGGGGCAAGGCCGAGGAAUGUGGGCAUGGCCUCGGGGCCAAGGACCUUCCAGUGCUACAGCCUCGAGAAGUUCUGGGGCUUCCUAAAGUGCGCGCGCUGCGAUGUGGGGGCCAUCACACGCUGGCCAGCACGUGCGACGGCGACCUCUUCGUUUGGGGUUGUGGCUUGACCCACCAGUUGGCGAACCGGCCUCGGGAGGUGUCCGACCCUGCUGAUGCAGAUGAGGAGCCCACAGAUGAGCUAAGACCAUACAGAGUGUCGUCGAAGCAGCUCCAGAAGCGCUUCGUGAUGCUAGCAGCUGGUGGGGCGCAGCACAGUGUCGAGCUCGCUUGGGGAGGCGAAUACAGCACGCUGGGCCGGGAUGGAGCUGGUACGGGACAGAUGACAGCCGCAAGCAGCGCCACUGCUAGCACCUCUACCGGCGCCGCUGCCAGUGCCGCUGCCAGUGCAAGUGGCGACGCAGAUGUCGCAGAGCCACCCACGAAGCGGAGAGCAACAGAGCAGAAAACUGCAGAAAUCGAAAUGCCGACAGUGCAAGCCUCAGAAGCAGACAUGCCGACAACGCAAGCCUCGGCCGACAAUGAGGGCAAGCUCAUCCUCGCGUCUGGCACUUCACCUGGACUGCUUGAGCUCAUGGCUGCGGAUGAUGGCAAGUGGAAGUGCGAGACCUGCUCCCUACGGUGGGAUGCCAGCUUGAUCAAGUGCAAGGCCUGUGAGAGCUACAAGCCCGGCCUAUCCGAAGAGGAUGUGGCCAAGAUCCAAGCCGAGGAGGAGGCACGCAAGGCUUCAGCCAUAGCCAUGUUCCAAAGCUCAUCCGCUGUCAAGCCGACAGGUUUUGCCUUUGGGGGCGGAGGGGGCACAACUGGAACGACCUUUGGUGCUGGCUCAGCCGGGUCAAUGGUCUUUGGCUUCAGUGCCGGCACACCUGCAGAAACGAGCAGCUCCACAACAAGCGGUGCAUUUGGCAGUUCCGGUGGUGGCAGUUUCGGUGGCGGUGGUUUCGGCGGUUUUGGCGGUUUCGGUGGUUUUGGCCAGGGCGGCACUGGGUCCAGUGGCACCAGCGGGUCUGCCGUGACGUUUGGCUUCGGAAGUCAAGCGGUGACCUUCGGAGCCCCUGCGGCUUCCACGGCAAGCGAUAGCGGCACUAAAGAGUCACCAGAGCUGCCGGAUUUCACUACGGACAAGGUGCCCGUCGGAGACGUGUUUGUUCAUGGAAGUGGGGAGUGCGACCAGCUUGGCUUGGGCGAUGACAUGCGCGAGCGCCAGAAGCCCACACUGUUGAAAUCCCUCACUGGAAAGAACAUCUGCGAAAUUGCGGUCGGUGCAAUGCAUGUCCUGUGCCUUUCCACCGGUGGGGCCGUCUACAGUUGGGGCUGCAAUGAUGAUGGGGCCCUUGGCAGGGCUGCCUCCGAUGGCUCAGAUGGUGGUCCGUCCGAUGUGGAGCCGCAUGUGGUGACGAUGCCCAGUGGAGUUGUGGUGCGCCACGUGUCGUGUGGAGAUGGCCACAGCUGCGCUCUAGAUGAGAACCGCCGAGUUUGGCUGUGGGGAACCUACAAAGACUCCAACGGCUACAUCGGCAUCGUGCACAAGCGCAAGCAGGAAACGGAGGUCUUAGAGAAGAGCGCAGAGCCCACGCUGGUCCUCGAGGGAUGCUUGCAGAUCGCGAGUGGUGCCAACCACACUGUGGCCCUUGUGGCCUCCGACAGCCGCAGGCAAGUUUUUGCUUGGGGCUCCAAUGCCACUGGACAGCUGGGAAUGCAAGACGGCUGUGGCUUCUCCGAGCGCGUUCUGCCGUGCUCCGGCAGCGUACCGGGCCUUGCGCCGCGCGAUGGAGGCGGCUCCGAAGUCGGAGGCGAGCAGGUCGUGCGGAUUCAUCAGGCCGAUGGCUCUGUGCGUGCUGCAGUUUCCAUGACUGCUGAGCAGGUCCAGCAAUACCUUGCGCAAGGUGCAACUGCCCUGGUUCUUCAGGUUCCGGAUCGGGAGGUUUCCAAGGCAGAGAAGAAGAAGCUCUUGCACCCACAGGAUAUGCCUCUGUCUGUUGGCACCACAAGCAGCGAGCCGCGCGUGGCGUCCGGUGUGCAUGCCAGUGCCGAGUGCAGCUUCGUGAUAUUCCAGGAUGGUGCAGUCUUUGGUUGCGGCUUGAAUGGUGAUGGUCAGGUCGGACUUGGCUUUGUGAGCAUGGCUGUGCGGCAGCUGGAAGACGUGUCUGCAGUUCGAGGGGCUUCCUGGCUUGGUGGUGGCUUGUACAGCACGGCAGCCCUGGUGGAUGGUCGCGUGUUCACCUGGGGCAAGGCCGAGGAAUGUGGGCACGGCCUCGGGGCCAAGGCACGCUGGCCUCAACAACGCCAGAGACAUGUGCAAAUCCCUGACACAGUAAAGUCGUAA